AGUCGCACGUAGCCACUUCCACCUCUAACCGGAAGUGCACCACACGUGUAAACAGUGGAUAGAGUCACGUUGUACGCCUGUGAAAUGAUAACAUGAAUUAACAUCUUGAAUUCUGAGAUCAUAUGUGUAUUGGAUUUAAAUAAACAGUAACAACAAAAGAAAAGCAAAGAUGGAGAAGAAAGAACAUAAGCGGCACCAGCAGAAGCACAGUGGACCCAAAGCACAGAAAAAGAAGAGAAAGAAGGAGCAGGACACUGAACCGGAGCAGGAUGAGCGCAAGAGGAACCCAAAAGCGUUUAGCGUUCAGUCAGCUGUGCGCAUGGCAAAAUCCUUCCAUAGGACUCAGGAUAUUAAAACAAAGAAACAUCACAUUCCCGUGGUAGACCGGACCCCUCUGGAGCCCCCACCUGUUGUUGUAGUGGUGAUGGGACCUCCAAAAGUGGGCAAAAGCACCCUUAUUCGUUGCCUGGUCAAAAGCUAUACGCGACAGAAGCUUUCUGACAUCUGUGGACCUGUGACUAUAGUUUCUGGAAAGAAACGCCGCCUGACCUUUAUUGAGUGCAAUAAUGACAUCAACAGCAUGAUUGACUUGGCAAAGGUUGCUGAUUUGGUUCUGAUGCUGAUAGAUGCAAGUUUUGGCUUUGAAAUGGAGACCUUUGAGUUCCUGAACAUUUGCCAAGUUCAUGGCUUCCCUCGGGUCAUGGGGGUCCUCACACAUCUGGACACUUUUAAGAACGGCAAGGCGCUCAGAAAAACAAAGAAACGCCUUAAACACCGUUUCUGGACUGAAGUUUUCCCGGGUGCAAAGCUCUUUUACCUGUCUGGAAUGGUGUAUGGAGAGUACCAGAUACAGGAAGUAAAGAAUCUUGGGAGGUUCAUCUCAGUCAUGAAGUUUAGACCUCUCGUUUGGCGGACUUCUCACCCAUACGUGGUGGCUGACCGUAUGGAGGAUCUUACUGAUCCUGAGGCUAUUCGGUUAAAUCCCAAAUGUGACAGAACCGUCUCUCUGUACGGCUACCUACGUGGGACAUUCUUGAAGAAUAAAUGCCAGGUCCACAUUCCUGGUGUGGGUGAUUUCUUUGUGGGGGAUGUUAGCUUCCUCUCGGACCCCUGCCCUCUACCGGAGGUGAUUAAGAAAAGAGCGUUGAACGUUAAGGAACGGUUACUGUACGCCCCCAUGGCUGGCGUAGGGGGAUUGGUUUAUGAUAAGGAUGCCGUCUACAUCGAUAUGCCCAGUGGACAUGCCAACCAGCAGCAGGAGGAGGUGCGGCCCACCACUGAACUCGUUCAGUCACUUAUUGGCACACAAGCCACAUUGGAUGCAAAAAUGGCUGCCAGCAAAGUCUCGCUGUUCACAGGAACUGCUGCACUGGCACCAGAGGAGGUGCAGGAAAAUGAGAAACAAAACCCUAUGGAAAGUCGUGAAUGGGAUGAGAAAGCACAGAGAGAGAGGAGGAGAGCUGUUUUUGCUGAUGAAGAUGAUGAAGAAGAAGAAGAUGAUGAUGAUGAUGAUGAUGAUGGCGAGGAAGAGAAUGAUGAUGAAGAGGAGGAGAAUGAUGAUGAAGAGGAGGAGGAGGAAGAAGAGGAUGAAGAAGAAGAGGAUGGAGUAGGGGUAACAACACUAGAUAAGAAAGCAGUUAAGACAGCAACUCCUCCUGUGAAAAAGCAGAAGUUUGAAGAACCAGUGGAGAUGCCUGCGUUUGCUGAUAGUGAUGAUGAGCUGGAAAACAGUGAUGGAGAGGAAACUGAUGAAAAUGAAAGUGAAGACGAAGAGGAGGAGGAGGAGGGUGAUGAAGAAAAUGAGGAAGUGGAAAAAGGGGAGCCUGCAAAAAGAAACUCUGGACCAGACUCUGGUCUUUGCUCAGAGGAAGAUGAUGAGGAUGAAGAAGAAGAUUCUGAUAUGGAUGAAGAUGGAGAUGGGAUUGUAAAAAUAAAGACGUCCUCCAAGCAUCCGGAGGAAGAAAAGAUGACAGAGGAUGCAGAAAUGGGUUAUGAAACUAUAGGAGCACUACGGUGGAAGGAAGAUUUAGCCCAGAAAGCAUCAGAGGCAUAUUUAAGACAGCAGCUCGCAGCACCAAACCUCCGAAAGCUAGUGUAUGGUACAGUGGCGGAGGUGGAAGAGGAGGAUUCUAACGAUGAAGAAGAGUUGGGCGGAUUGUUUAAAGUCAGUCGACCGGAGAAGAGUAAAAAAGUACGAGCAGAUGCCAUGGACUGCUCUCGCUUUCAGCCAGACAGCAGUCAUGACUGGGAUCAGGAGGAGAUGCUAGCCUCGAUCAGGGACUGUUUUGUGACUGGCAAAUGGGAGGAGGAUAAAGAUGCUGCAACUCUGCUUAAGGAAGAUGAUGAACUCUAUGGGGAUUUUGAAGAUUUGGAAACAGGAGAAGUUCACAAAGCAAAGCCUGGGAAUAAAGACCAAGCUGAGGGAGGGAAUGAUGAUGAAAUAAAUGAUGAUGAUGACGAUGAUGAUGAGGAAGAGGAGGCUCCUGAAGUGAAACUUGACGAUGACGAAGUUCAAAAGAACAAGCGAUUAGAGAAGAAGAGGCGGCUGAAGGAGAGGUUCGAUGCACAAUAUGAUGACGGAGAAGCCACAUACUUUGAUGACCUAAAGGAGGAGAUGCAGAAACAGGCUGAGCUAAACAGGCAAGAAUUCGAAGAUGUGGAUGAUGUAGUUCGUGUUCAGUAUGAGGGUUUCAGGCCAGGCAUGUAUAUCCGUGUGGAGAUCCCUGCUUUACCUUGUGAGUUCGUCACCAACUUUGACCCCCAUUAUCCCAUCAUUCUUGGUGGAUUGGGCCCCAGUGAGGGCAAUGUAGGCUACUUGCAGAUGCGUCUGAAGAAACACCGGUGGCACAAUCGUAUCUUGAAAACCCGUGAUCCUCUCAUCCUGUCUUUGGGCUGGAGGCGCUUUCAGACCAUCCCCCUCUACUACAUCGAGGACCACAACGGACGUCACCGCCUGCUCAAAUACACACCUGAACACAUGCACUGCGGUGCCACCAUCUGGGGGCCUAUAACACCCCAGGGUACAGGCUUCCUGGCUGUGCAGACGGUCGGAGAUAUUAAGGCCAAUUUCCGCAUCGCUGCCACAGGAGUGGUUCUGGACCUGGACAAAUCAGUUACAAUUGUGAAGAAGCUCAAACUGAUUGGAUACCCUCAUAAAAUCUUUAAGAACACCUGCUUUGUCCAGGGAAUGUUUAACACCGUCUUGGAGGUUGCGAAGUUUGAGGGUGCGUCCGUCCGCACAGUCAGUGGCAUUAAAGGGCAGAUAAAGAAAGCCUUGCGCACCCCGCCGGGCGCCUUCAGAGCCACGUUUGAGGAUAGACUACUGAUGAGUGAUAUUGUGUUCCUGCGCUCCUGGUAUCCGGUCUCGGUUCCUCAGCUGUAUAAUCCGGUGACGUCUCUACUGAUGCCGGUUGGACAGAAGGACAAAUGGUCAGGAAUGAGGACCCUCGGACAGCUUAAACACGACCUGGGUAUUCGCAACAAACCCAACAAGGACUCACUGUACAAGCCCAUUGAAAGGAAAGUUCGACACUUCAACUCUCUCCAAAUUCCCAAAGAGCUGCAAAAGGCCCUCCCCUUCAAGAGCAAACCCAAACAGAUGCAGGGCAAAGGCAGAACCCCACGGGACCUGGAGAGACCAGCUGUCAUACGAGAGCCACAUGAGAAAAAGGUGGCAGCGUUGCUUAAUGCUCUAAGCUCGGUCUACGCAUACAAGACCAAGAAGGCGAAAGCAGAACAGCGUGCCAAGCACAAAGAGUUCCUGAAGCUGAAAGAGAAGCAGGAUGCAGAAAAGCAGAAGAGGCUGAAACUAGAGAAAAAGAAGACCUACCGUGCAGAGGGACAGAAAGAGAAGAACAGACUUAAAUCCAGCCUGAAGGGAGCAUCCAAGGACAAUUGAGUCUACCUCACACCUGAUUCGGUUAGACUGUGACUCCAGGCCCAUCGGAUCAGGGUCCGUUACGCUCUUAGUUAGACUGUUUGAAAUGCGCCAUAAUUCGAUUCCCACGCGUUUCUAAGCAGGCUCAAGAGUCGAGAUGAUGACACUGCAGCAGACGCGAUGGGUUUUGCUGAAGUCUUUAAAAGAUACCAUCUCCCUAGAAACUAGAACAAUAAAACUGCCUGGUUAACUUGUGAAAGGAUUUUCUAUAUUUAAAAAAAUGAUGCAUCAAGAAUAUAAACAGCUAUUUCUUACUAAAAGCACACCAAACUUCAUAUACUUGUUCUAUUAUGCUUGUUUUUAAUAAAAAAUCAAUGUGUGACCAGAAACAUGG